UCCAAUGCCUGACAGUCAGUGUCAUCAUAUCGUCAUUAUAACAUUAAUUUUGUUUGUUGUUGCACAAAAAAUUCUAACUGAGGCAAUUCAAAAAAUGUUAUUUUUUUGUUUAUUGCAGUCUUUGCCAUAAUUUAUAAGGUUAAGUAUGUAUUUUUCGUACGCCGAUCAAAAGAAAUUUUAACAGUCUUUACUACCAGUGCGUCUUCCUUGGGUUUCUUCAUACUGGAUACAAUCCUAAAUGCACUGUUUGGCAAUCAUGGUGUAGGAAUUUUGCUGUAUAAAACUGUAGACUACCACACCAUGUAUGCUGAUUUUUUUGGGAGAAGAGUGGGUAAUUCUGCUCCUAUGUAAUGUAAAUUACAUUAAUAGUCAGGAACUGCUAAUUUGUUCCUAAGAUAAAAAGCCAACAGGAGUUACAAGACUGGCCUAGUAUAACCUUACUCUUUCUCUAUGAAAAAGGAAAAACAGCAGUAUUUCAUCCCUCUAGUGGAGAGGGGUGGGUAGGGCUUUAACUAGGCUACAAGUGGCUUUAAUAGAAAUGUUUUGAUUAAGAAUUCACUUACUAAAAUAUUUUUUCUUUAUUUCUAAAUUCAUUUUCCCCCUCAUUAACUGUGGUGUGACUUUGACGGAUAAACAGCCAUGUAUUUGCUUAUUCAUAUAAUGAUUUAAAUUAGAAAGCAUAUUAUCCAUGUUUUCAUGGCUAAAAAGAGUUUUUUUUUUAAUUUUCAGCUGCAAAGUCCAUGGGUAUCAAGGCAUGGAGUCUCAUUAUCUUAACACUCCAGAAUGCAUCUCUUAUUCUAACAAUGCGUUACACACGGACACUUCCAGGGGACAUGUAUUUUGCCAGCACUGCAGUAAUGAUUACAGAAAUUGUCAAAGCCAUUUCGUCAGUGACAGUUCUCUUUGUGGAAAAACGAAGUGCAGCUGAUUUGUUGAAGUUGUUAUACUCUAUCACUAUUGGUCAUCCUAUUGAUAUGGCCAAGAUGUUGGUUCCCGCAUGCAUUUACACAGUUCAGAACAAUCUUCUUUAUGUGGCUGUUUCUAAUCUGGAUGCAGCAACCUAUCAGGUAAUGAAUUUUAUUAAGUAAAACAUGAUUUUACAUGUACUGGUAACCUUUUUUUGUUUUCAGAAAGUAUUUUAUGGCUAGGUCCAGUCAUAGGGCAUAAUAUAAAAAGAAGAUCAACAAGCUGGGAACCUCUGUCUUAACAGCUAAUUGUAUGAGAGACUAUUUACUAAGUGAUCAGCUGGAACAGGUGUUAGAGGUGAUAGCCUUUGUCCCAUUUUCUACUUCUAUUUCAGGGUUGUCACUAAGAUUUUAAGUUGCCAGGUUAAUGCCCAACACAAGUAGGCUGGGAAUCAAACGGCCAGGGGUUUCUUUUGGUUCUAUUUUUCUUCUAUUUUCCUUUGAAAGUAGCAAGGGGCCGUUUUCAUGGUAGCUGGGUGAAAUCCCCAGCCCCCGGCUAUUAAUGAUUGCCCUGUCUAUUGAAUCCAAAUGCUUCCUUUAAUUUGCUUAACCCAUUCGCUCCUAGAAAUUUUGCUGAAAAACCUCUUUUGAAACUAGACAAGGCAUUUUCUUGUCAUUUUUUAAGCCUUAAAUUUAAGAAUUAAAAUAGGUACGGCCUUUACAUGAACUUUUACUAUAAUUAAUUUGCUUUUCUUCAUUUAACAGGUGUCAUACCAGCUGAAAAUCUUAACGACGGCUAUGUUCUCGGUUGCUAUGUUAAAAAAGUCAAUCAGCAAAAUUCAGUGGCUGGCCCUGUUCAUGCUGUUUCUUGGUGUGUCUGUAGUUCAGUUGCAGCCUGUUGAUGGUCCUGUGGCACAGAGUCCUGAGGAGUCCAUUCCUACAAUAAGCCCCUCGUCACAGAGCCAGAAUCCUUUGCUGGGUCUUGCUGCUGUUGUAGCAUCAAGUUUAUGCUCUGGAUUUGCUGGUAAGUUGGUGAAAAAUGUUUAUGUUUUAUUGGCAGUAUACAGUGUUCAAAAAAAUACAGUAUGAAAAAAAGUUCGUAGUUUGAGGUAUGUAAAUUAUCAGCUAGAUUGCUAUCUUCAAGAUCUCUUAAAUAAUAUAUUAAAGAUAAUAGACACUAUUCUAAAUAAAUUAGUUUACAAAUGUUCAAAGUGGUAAUGACAGGGAAGCCUAUAUAGAAGCCAGGGGCUUACAUGUUUAUGUUGUAGUUAAUUUUUUAUCUUAGGAAAUUUUUGUUUUCAUUUUAUUUUUGGGUAUGGUAAUGUAUGCUAAUGAAGUUAAAACAAAAGAAAAAUAAAUAUUAUCUGACAUAGAAAUUAACUACAACAUAUAUUUUGUGUGUAUGGCAAAAUGAUAAUGAAACAAUAAAACAAUUUUAUUCCCUGCUUCAUUUUUUAAUCAGGUGUUUACUUUGAAAAGACUCUGAAAGGUACUCAGACCUCACUUUGGGCCAGAAACUUCCAGCUUGCCACUUUUGGCAUCAUCAUUGGCAGCAUAGGUGUAUACAUCAACAAUGGAGAUCAAAUCAAGGAAAAAGGCCUUCUUUUUGGAUACCAUAAGCUUGUGUGGCUUAUUAUUGCAAUGCAAGCAUUUGGGGGUCUUUUAGUAGGGGUUGUGGUGAAGUAUGCCGACAACAUUCUCAAAGGAUUUUCCGCAGCAGUUUCAAUAGUAGUAUCCUGUAUUGCUUCUGUUUAUUUCUUCGAGUUUAGAGUUAGUUUACCAUUUGUAUUUGGAGCUGGUUUAGUUAUGAUUGCUACGUAUUUGUAUGGGGUUGGACAAAAACAGGAUUCUAAGGAAACUGUUGUAAAUGGAACUAAAGAACACGAUAAGGUAGACUGA